CCGGCCUCCCUUUUCCGGCCACCGUGGCUCGCCCGGCGCCGCCGGGCUGCGCCACCCUCGGCCUCUUGCUCGGCGAGUCCUCUUGCUCGUUUGCAACUCGUUUGCAUACAUACCACUGCACACAAUGUCCUCGUCCGUAGAGCCCGUAGAGGAGAAGGCAAAGCAGGAGCUCGACAGCCUUGCCGACCGCGACGUCGACUCUACCGACAGUGAAGUCCGGUACAUGGCGUACGGUGCACGCCUGCGGACCGUCUUACGCGCGGGGCAGCGCUACGUCGCCUAUACCAGUGAUAUUGGAGAGGCGUUUCGCCCAGUCGUGCCACCAGCAGUCGUGACGGCUGCCUAUGGCAUCUCUUGGUUAUAUCUCACCGGAGAUGUCGGUUACGAAGCGUAUAAGGCACAUCGGAGAGGACCGUCACCUCUGGAGGCAGCACAUUUCUCUGAGCCAACCAGAGUUGGUAUGGUUGCUGUAAAGCGCGCCACUUUCCAGUCCAUCGCGUCGAUGGCACUUCCUGCUUUCACCAUUCAUACCGCUGUACACCAGGCGAAGAAGGCAUUCGCAAACGUGAAGAACCCGCGUGUCAAAAUGUGGGGUCCGACUGCGACUGGCCUUGCGAUUGUCCCAAUCUUGCCCUAUCUCUUUGACAAGCCCGUUGAACACGCGACAGACGCAGCGUUCGAGUGGAUAGAGAAGAAGAUCAUAGAGCGGGAGAAGAAGACAGUCUAGAUAGCACCAGACAGUGAUACAAUCUACUCCAUUGAUACAACAUCCGGCAAUUUGAAUGCCAUACUUUAACUGCUGCCGAUCGUACACGAGUGGAACAACUACCAA